AUGGCCCCCAUAUCCUUGAAAUGGGACCAAACUUCGUUGCUUCAAAACAGUUUCGUCCGUGAUGAAGAUGAGCGGCCCAAGGUGCCGUACAAUAAGUUUAGCAACGAGAUUCCGGUGAUCUCACUUGAAGGUAUUGACAUCGUGGACGGUGGCAUCGGUGGUGGUGUUGGAUCUCGUAGGGCGGAGAUCUGUGAGAAGAUCGUGAGGGCGUGUGAAGAUUGGGGGAUAUUUCAGGUGGUGGAUCAUGGUGUUGAUACUAAAUUGUUGUCGGAGAUGACAAGGCUCGCCAGAGAAUUCUUCCUGUUGCCGGCGGAGGAGAAGCUCCGAUUUGAUAUGAGUGGCGGGAAAAAAGGCGGUUUCAUCGUUUCAAGCCAUCUUCAAGGAGAAACGGUGCAAGAUUGGAGGGAGAUUGUAACCUUCUUCUCGUACCCAAUAAAAGCAAGAGACUACUCAAGGUGGCCCGAAAAGCCCAAAGAGUGGAGGGCAGUUACUGAGGAAUAUAGCAAGAUGUUAAUGGGCCUGAGCUGCAAGCUUCUAGAGGUAUUGUCUGAGGCAAUGGGCCUUGAGAAAGAGGCCUUGACUAAAGCAUGUGUGGAUAUGGACCAAAAAGUGGUGGUCAAUUAUUACCCGAAAUGCCCUCAGCCCGACCUCACGUUGGGCCUGAAACGACAUACGGAUCCGGGAACGAUCACGUUGUUGCUUCAGGACCAAGUUGGUGGGCUUCAAGCGACUCGUGAUGGGGGUCAGAGUUGGAUCACGGUUCAGCCGAUUGAAGGUGCUUUCGUGGUUAAUCUCGGUGAUCAUGGACAUUAUUUGAGCAACGGGAGGUUCAAGAACGCAGACCAUCAAGCCGUGGUGAACUCAAACACUAGUCGGUUAUCCAUAGCCACGUUUCAAAACCCUGCACCCGAUGCGAUUGUGUAUCCACUGAAGGUGAAUGAAGGAGAUAAAUCGAUAAUGGAAGAAGCUAUAACUUUCAUGGAGAUGUACAAAAAGAAGAUGUGUAGAGACCUCGAGUUGGCUCGGCUAAAGAAGCUAGCCAAGAACAAGCAACACGAUUUGGAGAAAGAGAAGCCGAUCCAUAAUAUAUUUGCUUAGAAAUUGAUAUAUUUGUCCAUUUCCACCAUUUGC